GCUGGAUACCACGAAGUGGGGGAGAAAGCGAGAGAGAGAGGCGAGCCUUUUUGAAUCUCUGCGGUGCAGAGCUGGGAAAAGCAGCUUCUCAGCGGAAAACAAUUCAAAUACAUUCAGACGCGCCUUCUGUCAUUUUCCUGGAGAAAAAAACUCGGACUUACUGGCCGAAGAAGUAGCGACGAGGACCGGUGCCCGUUUCAGCGAACAGUCGCGGUAUUGCUUUUAUUGUUAUUAUAAUUAUUUAUCUUAUUGUUUGUGUGUGUGCAUUUGUGUGUAAAUACACACUUCUACUGAAGGGACUGAGUUUUUAUUUUAUGUUAUACUUUUGCACUGAGAGUCUUUUGGCUUUCUAUCUCCGGCCUGGUCUCUCUGCCACAUUACCCCGCACAAGAAGUAGGCUACAUGACGCAAAACCAGCGUUAGAGUCAAAGUUUUCCUCCACUACUUUUUUUUUUUCUUUUUUCAUUUUUUCCCUUUCCUCUCUCCCCGCCCGCGCCGAUCGCACGCACGGUGUUUCAUGCUACAGCAAGUCUGCGCACAGCGGUGGAGGAGCCCACAGAACUAUUGCAUGAAACAGGAGAGGAGAGAAGACAUUCACAAGUCGCUUUACGCAACGCUCGCGGGCAACUCCGCGCAUCUGCAGAAGAGCCGCGGCGGCAGCAUGAGCGCGGAGAUGAGCAUGGGCCCGGAGCUACCCAGCAGCCCUCUGGCUCUGGAAUACGUCAACGAUUUCGACCUGAUGAAGUUCGACGUUAAGAAAGAGGGCCUGGCGGGACUCGAGCGCAACGGGGUGCGCCAGUGCAACCGCCUCCAGGCGCAGGGCUCCGUGUCGUCCACCCCGAUCAGCACGCCCUGCAGCUCGGUGCCCUCCUCGCCCAGCUUCAGCCCCACGGAGCAGAAGAGCCACCUGGAGGAGCUGUACUGGAUGCCGAACAGCGGGUACCACCAGCAGGUAGACCCGCAGACGUUGAGCCUGACCCCGGAGGACGCAGUGGAGGCCUUGAUCGGAGCCACGGCACACGGACACCCUCCGCCCCCGCACGUCCAGCAGCAGCUGCAGCAGCAAGGCGCCUUCGAGGGCUACCGGGGGGGUCCGCACCAACAUCACAGCCACCACGGCCACGGCCAGCAGCAUCACCACCCGUACGCAGGAGGCAUCCCGCACCACGCCGACGAGCUGUCCGCGCACCCGGGCGGACACAGCCACCCGCACAGCCAGCACCACCACCACCACAGCCAGGACCCCGACAGCCCGUCCCCGGUGUCCCCGGACUCCCUCCAGUCGCUGCAUCACCACCGCCACCAUCACCACCACCAUCCGCACGGCCACCUGAGCCAGUCGGGGGGUCACCACGGCUCCGGGGGCAGCCUCAACGUGGAGGACCGCUUCUCCGACGACCAGCUGGUGUCCAUGUCGGUGCGGGAGCUCAACAGACACCUGCGGGGCUUCACCAAGGACGAAGUCAUCCGCCUCAAGCAGAAGCGCCGGACCCUGAAGAACCGGGGCUACGCGCAGUCCUGCCGGUACAAGCGGGUGCAGCAGAAGCACGUGCUGGAGAACGAAAAGACGCAGCUGAUCGACCAGGUGGAGCAGCUGAAGGCGGAGAUCAGCCGGCUGGCGCGGGAGAGGGACGCCUACAAACUCAAGUGUGAGAAACUGACCGGGUCGGGGGUCAGCAACGGGUUCCGAGAGGCCGGCUCCACCAGCGACAACCCGUCAUCUCCCGAGUUCUUUAUGUGAGUUAGACCUGCCCCCCCCCGGCCCCCAUUCCCCUUCCUUUCUCCACAAAUGACUGAACAAAAUGAUAAUAAUCACAGCUCCCAUAACGUUUAUGAUUAUAUUAAUAAUAACAAUUAUAUUGAUAUAAGAAGAAUAAUCCAUCAGAUAGUAUUCUCAUAUAUAAUCACCUCUCCAUCCACGUGUCACCUGAGAUACAAAGAGCAACAUCGAUCCGUCGCAGCAUCUUUGUAGAUUAGUUGCUUGCUGAGAAAAGACUUUUUGUCCUCAUCGAAGAGGAGGAAAAGAAAUUGGCUGAUGAACCUUGUUUCUUUCCUCCAUUUUGAGGUCACAGCUCUGAGACGACUUGUACGUAGUGAUUUUGGGGGGUGGACGGCGCCGAGGCCGUUGUCUUGUCAUCUUUGUUUUUUAUUAAUUAGCUCUCCAGGAUGAUGAGGACAUUGUUGUGGCGCAACGAGCGGGGCUCGCGACCCACAUUCGACAAGUGGGCGCGUAAAAUCUGCGAAAAUCUCCAAGACUCCACUUUAUGCAAAGUUUAACUUCUGUCUGCUAUCAUGAGACGGGGAGGGGUGGGGGGACAUUUUAUGCAACAUCUCAUUGAUUUAUUGCCUGCUUGGUUAUAUUCGAAUAUAUAUUGAAACAAAAAUCUGCAUUAAAUAUUAAUCCUGCAUGCUGGACAUGUACGGUAAUAAUUUCUAUUUUGUACUUCCAUCUUCUCGUGUAUAUUAAGAGCAUGUUGUUGAUCUGCGCUUCUCCAUAGUUUUUUGGGGUAGGUGUGGGGGGGGGGGUCUAGAGAAAUGCAGCAGGGACAGAACAGCAGGACUGCCGGUGCUGUGUCACACACGGUGUGUGUGCUGGGGGGCGGGAGGGGGGGGGGGUUUGGCUUGUAAAUAUUAUGCAACGGCGUAAAUCUGCACAAGAUUGAGGAGGCUGGUUUGAACUUCUUUCUUUCUUUGUGUUAUUUUUUUUUUCUUGUUUUGUAUCAUGAUUUUUGUUUUCUCUGUUGCAUUUAAAUACAACAUAACUCUGUGUGUCCGGUGCACUUUUGGAUGAAAAAUCUUUUUGUAGCUUUCGUUUUGCAACGUUUUCAUUCCGAUGUUUGCGCACACCUCCCUUCUAGGAAGACAUGCUAUGGUGCUACGUUGUGAUAAGGACCCGGGACUGAGCGAUUUGUGGACACGUGUCCAGAGAGCCCGAGGAGACAAACAUGUGGCUGCGCGGUUAUUGGAGCCAGAUCGCAGAGGAGGCGCGCACACAAUGCGGGUUAAAACUCAACGUGGCUUUUGCGCCAUUAAUAAAAGGCAGAAAGCGCUUCUGUUAACCCUGUGAACCCCUCGUCCCGAUGACUAAUCGUCACUGUAUUCAUCCAUAGGGGUUAACGGGAAGUCGAUAUUUGGACAGCGCGAGCAUUUAUGUUGUCCUUCAUUUUUUUUCCUGCCGGUCAGUAAAAAAAGGGGAAUCAGGUUGUGCAACUUCUCGAAAUGAAAACAGUGUUCAUAUUAUGUAAUACGUUUGUAUUCAUGCGUGCGAGGGUGUGUGUGUGUGUGUGUCUGUUUUAUUAUUAUUGUUAUUAUUAUUAUUAUUAUUUGAUGAUUCUGGUUCUGCUGGCCAGAUGCAUAGUUAAAUAAGGUUUUAUUUGAAUCAUUUAAAUUAACAGACAGUCGGAUCAUAUCGAAUGAGCAUGGUGCUUGCAUUGAAACUAUCGUGGGGAAGUCAUGCAUUUUAACAAUCUCUUUCUUUUGGGUUUGUUACUGAUUCAACUGUGUUGAAAUCGACCUGAAACUGCAGCAGCCGGUUGUUGUUUUGUUUUCACCUGUUUCAUGUACUUUGGCGAUGAUGGGAGGGGGGGGGGGCAAUUUUCAAUCCUGUUUAUAUGAAUAAUAGUAAAAACACUUAAAUUUGAACUGUUCCAUUCAGGCUGGUUUCUGUUAUGUCCUUUUUUUGGUUGUUUUUUGGAAGAAAUUGUUUCCUAUUUUGCUUAUUAAAGUCAUUGAAAUGGCAA